AUGACGGUUCCCUGGCAUGAAGUCGUGCAAAGCACAAUAAACGAUUUUAGCCGGCGCGGUCUGGGAGCCCUACGCACAUCAAAUGUCGCCCAGAGGGGCGCAGAUGACGGUCCAACUACCGCACCUCCGGUCCCUCCACAUUCAAAUGCCUCUUCCUCGCGGUCACACAGGGGACAAAUGCCCCAAAGCUCUGCUAGACACCUCACCAAAACCGUAGAGGCUUUCCUGGGUGCGCACGAUAAUGCCGCAUGCGCCCCGAUCCAUAUCGAAAGUGAUGACGAAGUCGAGGCAACGAUCGAGAGAAGAGAAACAGAAUUAUCAGGUCUCCCUUUCACCCAGUACGCCUUCACAUUCACAAGGAAACUUGAUGCACCAACUAAAUUAUUCGACGCGCGCAGGUCAAGUGGCACAACUCCGCGACAGAGUACUUCACUUUCAGAGUCAAAAACCGAGGACCGACUUGCGCGAGGGCUAGUGGAUGUUCCAAAUGCACAUCAACGGUGGCGCGGGAGACGAAAUCUUGACUCUGAAUCUGUCAGAGAUCAAAUGAAGAAGUCUUUCAAAACUCCUUCGGGGCCGUACAAACCAUGCAACACCUUGAACGGAAGGUCGGCUUUUCUUCAACAGAGGACAUCUCAUGCUCGCGCCCCGGUCAACGCAUCAAGUUCGAAUGUACUUCCUAAGAACGACAUUCAUGCGAAUGACCAUGGUACACCUAAUAAGAGGCGCAAGAUCCAAACUGUGUCCGAAUAUAGAGUGCCUGCUGAGUCUGACUCUGAAGAUGAACUUGCUCUGGAGACGGGACGGGAGAGGGGCAAGUACCCAGAACAACCUCAAGAGUUGCACGUCAAUCAUUCAUCUCCCCAAGGCAACGGCGUCUUUUCGGAUCAAUCCGCACAGCGAAGAAAGGAUGAGAAGGAUCAGAUACUCGAAAGUUCUCCGGGUCUCUCGAAACAGCCUCACACCUCCCCAUACCUUACAUAUCUAGCAACUAAAACGGCCGAUGGCAACGGCCAUGAGCAAAAUUCAACGACGGUGCGGACACCAGAAAGCCCGGAUAUACUGCAGAGUAUCGGACCUCACCAUUCCCCGAAGUCACUCGCGUUGGACAGUGCACCAUAUCCAGAGAUGAAAUCAACAGAUCUCAAAAAUCUCAUUAUAGGACAAUCAACGAAUAAAAGCAAGUUCAGAAAGCGGAGAAAGGAACUCGAAAAGGAACCACCCCCGGCGAAGGAGGUCUUCCUCCUCACAGAAAUUGUACACGGAGAUUUACUCGACACUUCAGGCUUCGCGAUUGGGAUCGAUUCAUCGAAGGACGAGGUCUUCGUUGCGCGGCAGAAUCCGCUCUUAGACGACGAACCUGUCUCCCGGCUACGUGGGAUCGACGCAAUUUUCAAAGUCACAAUAGGCGACGGGAGCAAUGACUCUGCCUUGGUGAACUUCCACUUUCGUCGGUAUGCGAAGAAAAAAGAGGAAAUGAUGUGGCUCAGAUUUGAAUCAUACCAGAAAGCCAUGGAUUUCUCUCUAAGAUUACAAGCUUCACAGUCGCUGAAAGUCUGUGUCAAAACUGGGGAAUGGAUGGAGAUGGCUUUCUCAAAGGCCAAAAGUGAGACGACGAUACGGACGGAGAUGCCCUCAAUGACAACUCAAGCACCGCAAUCGUCUUUCAGAAAGCCAGAACCUACAUCAGCAAAGCCUUUGUUGCGGGCGGCAACAACCGCUAGCCGGACACAUGGCAGGCUGGUCGACAGAUUGGAUCCACCCGCAGACGGUGAGACCAAUGUCGGCACAAGCGGCGCCAGAAGACAUCUUCGCGAAAGUGCUCCUUCGCCCCAGGAGCCGGGAUCCCGUCAUGCUACGCCGGCAGAAGAUACGACACAGUCAGAAGAUACUGUCUCACACGCCGUCGGGGAACAAUCGGGCUCGAAACCAAAACUGGACAAAAUCCCUCCCCCUACACCGGGACAUGAUACUGACACGCACGCCGACAACGAACAAUUAAGCCCCAAAUCAGAACAGGGCAAAAGUCUACCAAAUAUCAGGACGUCCCCAAGUGAAACUUUAGGCACGCCGUGGGCUACGGACCUUAUUUACCCGCAGCCCGGCCGAAGAGCUGCGGUUGUACCAUUCGAAGAUCUGGAGCGACUGGAUGAUGACGAAUUCCUCAACGAUAACCUGAUUUCUUUCUUUAUGAGGUAUCUGGAAACGCACAUAGAGAAGAGCAAUCCCGAGUUGUACAAGAGGAUGCAUUUCUUCAACACGUAUUUCUAUGCAGCCCUUUCCAAGACGAAAGGUAAGAAAGGCAUCAGGCAUGAUGCUGUCAGCCGAUGGACCAAAAAUAUCAACCUCUUCAGCCGCGAUUUCGUAAUCGUGCCCGUCAACGAGGAUUAUCACUGGUACCUAGCCAUUAUCUGCAACCUCCCGUACCUCCUUAAGGAGCGGGCAGAGAAGAGCGAUCGAUCCGAGGAAAUGCACCCGAGCGACCAACGGAGUAAAGAAGUCGGGCAGGUCAUUGAUCUGUCGGCAGAGGAUACUGCAGGAAUGUUGGCCGAUCUUUCACACAGCGAUGACGAGAAAACCGGUGUGUCUGAAACCAAGAAGGAACAUGGGCGACGGAAAACUGCUCGCAGAGGUCGUCCAAAGUACGAUGUGACCAAACCUGUCAUUAUCACUUUGGACUCUCUCGGCACACCACGGCCGGUGACAUGUUCACAUCUCAAACAAUAUGUAGUAUCCGAGGCCCGAGACAAGCGAAAUAUGGACAUUGACGCGACUGAGCUCAAAGGAAUGACGGCCAAGGAAAUCCCGACCCAGAACAAUUACAGUGAUUGCGGGCUGUAUCUGUGUGCUUACCUGGAGCAAUUCGUCGCCGAUCCGCACAACUUCGUCCGCCGAAUCCUUCAGCGGGAAGAAAAUGCACAGCAAUGGCCGCGCAAAAUUCGUAGCCGAGAUCUCCGAUCAAGACUGCGUCAACUGAUCUUGGAAAUGCACCGUCGCCAAGAAAACGAACCCUCGCAGAUGGAGGAGCCUGCUAUUGGAAGCAUCUUGAUCGAUAUCGAGAAGUCACCCCGUUCGCCGUUGCCGUCACCGUCGGUACCUCAGAAGCCAUUCACGAGGCAAGACAUCCAAGAAGCACAUCAGAGGUUCGAUGGCAUUACACGCAGCAGGUCCUCCUGGUCAGAAAGGAAAUACAAUGAGUCGUCUCCGGAUCCCGGUUUGGAAGGCAUGAAGUCAAGGCGUGCGGUCCCCGAGGUCGCAGAAGCUUCAGAAGAUUUCGACGACGAGAAGAGGGAUCAUGACCCCCUUUGUGGACGGAUGCCAGGGACGCCAACAGACCAGAUGCGGGUUACCAAGCCCGAGCAGUACUCAGAUGCUGAGCCCUCUCGUCGCGACGUUCAGUCACGUGCAUCACCUCAGGCCAGAGAUAUUCAUCCCGUCCCAAAACCCAACUGGGUUUUGGAUAUGGCGCCCGGGCACCAGCUGGCGCACCCUGCCCGCCCAAACUCGGAACACCACUCGGACAACGAACAAGGGCUAAAUAAUGCAGAUGAGCUAGACUCAAGAUGGAGGUCUCGAUCUUCGAGCCAAACAAGCGAGCUGACAGAUUUCCUCGCUGGACCCUCUAGUGCUAGAUCCUUUCUUCCAGGGAUAUUGGACUACGCAACACGAGGCUCUCGUUCAAAGUCUCCUCGCACAGUUAUCGGUGGCGAUCAAGAUGCCGGCGCUGCCGCCGUCCAGGAAAUUCGAACGGGAGGCGCGGAAAGAGGUUGGAAGAGGCAUCGCCUGAGUCCUGAACCAGAGUCCGUGGCUGAGAAGGAAGCCCCAGUUGGCAGAGAGUUCGACUAUCCGUGGAAGCGGAAAUGA